AUGCAGUCCACCUGGGAUUUUGGUUUAAUCAUUGGCCUAUCAGUUUCUAGUGGACCAACUAUUCUAGUUUUGUUUCUCAUCUCAAAGAUAAUAAUUCGCAAGGUUAAGCAUCAAAAGAAACAAAAGUUGAAACAAAAGUUCUUCAAUCAAAAUCGUGGACAGUUGUUGCAAAAAUUGGUAUCUCAUAGGUCAGAUAUUGCAGAGAGGAUGAUCAUUCCUUUAAGGGAGCUAGAAAAGGCCACGAACAAGUUUCAUCCAAGUCGUAAGCUUGGUGGUGGAGGGCAUGGUACUGUAUACAAAGGAAUUUUAUCAGACUUGCAUGUUGUUGCCAUCAAGAGGUCAAAUAUUGUGGUCAAGAGUGAAAUUAACGAGUUUAUAAAUGAAGUUUCCAUACUCUCACAGAUCAAUCAUAGAAACAUUGUAAAGCUUUUUGGAUGUUGUCUUGAGACAGAAGUCCCUUUAUUGGCUUAUGAGUUCAUUUCCAAUGGAACCCUAUGCGAUUAUCUUCACAAGAAACCACUAAGAUCACUACCUUGGCAAGACAUAUUAAGGAUUGCAACGGAAAUUGGCAACGCACUUUCUUACCUUCACUCAGGUAUUUCUGUCCCUGUAAUACACAGAGAUAUCAAGUCCACGAAUAUACUUCUUGAUGAUGCCUUGACAGCGAUUGUGUCUGACUUUGGAGCUUCAAGGUACAUUCCUAGAGAUAAAACAACAAUUACAACAAAGGUGCAGGGAACGUUAGGAUAUUUAGAUCCUAUGUACUUUUACUGUGGCCGGCUAACGGAAAAAAGUGAUGUUUAUAGCUUUGGGGUUAUUCUUGUUGAGUUGCUUACGAGGAAGAUGCCAAUUAUAUAUAGAUCCUCCACAGGUGAUGGGCUAGUUGCACAAUUUGUUGUACUACAUGCAGAAGGUAAAUUGGUAGAAAUACUAGAUCCACAUGUAAUGGAGGAGGGAGGUAGCCAAGUUGAAGUCGUAGCUUCUCUAGCUAUGUCGUGCACAAAGCUAAGAGCAGAGGAGCGACCAACCAUGAGGUCAGUGGAGAUGACACUAGAGGCACUUCAAGGACCCAAAAAGCGUUCUCCUGUUCAGGAUGCAACAUACGAGGGGAGUUAUUCUGCAACGAGAUAUACAUCACCAAUAAGAAGGACAAGCUUAGAUGAUACGAGCAGGCAAUAUAGUCAAGAAGAAGAGUUCGUGUUGUCCGCAAGCUACCCUCGAUAG